GAGCGCCCUGCCUCCAGUCUGCCGCUCGACAACAAGCCACAACCCCGAGGAACAAGUGUUGUUUUUUUUACAUAUAUAUACAUAUAUAAGUACGUAUUUUUUCCGUUGAAGAGGACACGGCUGAGGAUGAAGGUGUUUCUGCUGCUCGCUGUCUGCGUCCUGUCCUUACAUAACGGGAAGGGAGCCCCAAGAACUGCAGUGUACAAGUUUGUGAGAUGUAACCCUGAGGAUGAUGACGCCAACUGUGUGACCCAGCAAACCCAAGAAAUGGAGUGGAGUCCAGACCUGCCGGGCAAACUACCCGCCUCUGCUGCGCAGAAUCUAGAGGCUGAGCCUGUGGAGGAUGAGAGUCCAGCUUGGGAACAGGAGGAGAUGAAGGAGGAGCAGGAGGAGUAUGAAGAUGAGCCACAAGUGGGAGAGGAAAAGGAGGAGGAGGAGGAGGAGGAGGAGGAGGAAUAUGAUGAUUGGGAACUGGAGGACGACGAGGAGGAGGAGGAGAAGAUGGAAAAACCAGUGCUGGAGGAGGAGGGCGAGUCUCCUCUGAUCCUUCCGAGCGAAGAAAGCUCCGGUGGCUAUGAAGGCUCCGCAGGAGAGGAUCUGUUCGUGCGCGACAUGCCUGUUGAAAUCGGCUCUGGCGAGUCUUGGACAGAGAAAGAGCUUUACAAAGUUGGAGACGUGAGCCCUCUGAGGAGGUUGUUUCCCAGCAGGCCGCUGGCUGGGGAGGCAAAACCUGAAGAGCGGGACCUCAAACAAGACCACAUUCUGCCGCUGUAAACUGUGCCUCGUCUGAUUCACACACCUAUACACACACACAUACACACACACACACACACACACACACACACACACACACACACAUAUAUACAGAGGCAGCAUGGAUUGCAAAUAAUCCACCCAGACUGGUCAGAUAGUAAAACUGAUCCUACAUCCCCACCUGCUGGGAAACAGGUUCAUUCUGAGAUUGAUACAGGCCACGUGCAUAUUUUGUAUUUUGGGCUAAUAUUUUUUUUUUUUUUUUUAAUUUUAAAAGGCAGAACAACAACUGUAAACAGUAUAAAAAUAAAUUCCAAAGAUGCCAGCCGACACUCUUUAAUGUUGUCUCAUCUGUAUUUGUGCUUUUUCUUCAGGACAUAAGUUGUAGAAUGCUUUCAAAUACAAUUUUAAAGUGCUUUAAAUCAGUAUAACUCCUGUGCAAUAACAUUUUCCAUGCAAUUUUCACUCUGUUUAAUCUUUAUUUUUCCAAGCUAUAAGGGAUGCGAACCCUUAUAAAAACAAAUACAUUUGUCUCAAAUGGGAUUCUUUAAACUUACCCGCGAGGGUAAAACAACAUUUUCUGGUUCCAAAGUUUUAAGGAAAAAAAAAGGUCUUGUGUACCCAAACUGCUUGCCAAUGGGUUCUUGCAGUCUUAACCAGUGCUGAAACAUGUAACAUGGAGCUUUGCAAUUUUGAAUUUGCAAUUCAAACACUUAAAUGAAUAAAGAAUUUAUAACAA